GUGGGUAUCAUUAAACACAAUAAUUCCUUUGUAAUUCAAGGAUUCUUGAAUUAAUCUUCAUAAAAUAAUCCUGGCAUUUAAACUCAAAAUUGUCAUUGAAUUAAACUCAAAAUUGUCUAAACAUUGAUAUCAUUUUUAUAUACAGAGGGAGUGCAUCUUAGUUGAGAACUCAUGUGCCGUACUUAUUCUGUAUCUGUUUGUCCUAAUCCAUCGACCAUCAAAAAUAAAAUAUGUGAUUUUUAAUUCGUCUCUUAAAUUCUUAACUUUUAGUGGGAUACAUUGUAUAACCCAGCCCCCCUUUUUUUCUGUAAUAAAUUAUCUAUAAUAUUUUUUUGAGUAAAAUGUUGAAAAUAUAUUUGAAAGUUAUUAAAUGUAGUUAAAUAUAAGACAAAAAUUUCCUUCUAACAUAGCUUAACAGUGCGCCCAAUUUGUUUUAUUUAUCCCCGAUCAAUUUAUUUUUUAAACGACCCCUACCCAGUACCCCACCCCCUUCAAUAUCACUGCACUUGAUGAUUCCAGGACACACGUGUCUCACUUUAAAUGCAAACAGAAAGAAACCGCGAUCUAAUGAAUAUAGUGCACUACCUUACCCAAUAUUAUAAAUACCUCCCCUCCGUCCCCCCCGCCCCACACACAACCAUCAGACUAAUCCCCCCUCUUACACAUGAACCGACUGGCCUACUUGACCGAUAAGCCGGCUACUCUUCUCAGUUUUCCCGCCAAAAUCAGCAUAUAAAUCCACUAAACUUUCUGAAAAGCUCAAUUCCCAAUCAACUAUCAGCAAGGAAGGAUCAACAUGAAACUGAGCAUGCAGAGCAACUUCCUUGUCCUCAUUAUUUGUAUAAUUUCAAUGCUUGGAGCAGUUUUAGCGACACCAAUACUACCAAUAAACCCGGCAGUUUUAAAUGUAGUUGGACCUGAAGAUAGGCACUUCCAAGGACAUGGUCAUGGUCAUGGUCAUGGUCACGGACAUGGCGGUGGUCAUGGACAUGGUGGAGGUCACGGCCACGGCCAUGGUGGCGGUCACGGACAUGGUCACGGGCACGGACAUGGUCACGGGCAUGGAGGAGGUCACGGGCACGGACAUGGUCACGGACAUCACCAUGGAUAAGAUUAGAAACCCGGGGACAACGAUGAGAAAAUAAUUUUCUUGUUUUCUUGUUCUUUUUAUGAAAUAAAAAUUUUUACCAUUAUU